AUGUCGAGCUGUUGGCGUGUCUGCUAUACACGGGCACUGAUGCACAGAGCCUUAUUCGGAGAGCCUUACCGCUCGAAAGCCCGCACAAGCGAGGUCAAGGAAUGGCAGUGGACUUGCCAUGCCCUUCGUCAUGCAGCCAUCAAGCUUGAGGAGCCUCCUCCUGCAAUGCUCUAUCACGGUCUGAACAAUGUGAGACCACCAGAUCCCGAUUCCUUGUAUUGGCAUUCUGAUGGUUUCGGAGACGGAGAUUUUUUCGGAGACGGAGACGACAUGGACCCGCCGAAUGAGUUCCCGCCUUCCAGCAGCUACAGCAACUUCAUCAGCGGCAGUAUGAGCCUCGACAUGGCCCGCAAGUUUGCACAUGGAUGUGGGGGGACAGUCACAGAUGCAGGGUCCAGCGGCUGCGUGCUGCACAUCUCUCUUGGUCAAGGUGCCGGUAAGCUCAGCUGGCAAAGUGAGGGCUUGAUCGUUGCUGACAUGCGGUGGAUCUCCAAGUUUCCUGAUGAGCAGGAGUGGCUAAUUGUGCCAACAGCCUCCAGCUUGGCCUUAUACUUCCAGGAACGUACCAGGGAGCGAACACCUGCUGGUGGUGAGAUUGUCCGUUUGAGUUGUGAAUGGUGGAGAGUCUGCGAUGACCCCAGUUUAGUCUCAGAAGAGAGGCCCUUUUGGGCUGACGGCAUGUCCGACGAUGAUAUGGAUGCUCCGAGAUGCUCUUUGCUUUGA